GGAUACUGGGAGAACGCGAAUCUCAAAUUCUCGGAGACAGCUAUGGAUAAUUUAUCUAGAAACAUCCGCCGGAAGGCACUUCAAAAGAUCGCAGCGCUCUCUGCGACGUCAUCAGCAACAACCUUUGAUGGCUCAGACCUGGACCGACUUUCGAGAGGCUGCCCGAAUUAUGGCAAUACAUAUGGCAAAUCGAACGGAUAUACCUCUGCAAGCACGGCGUCGGCGCGGCGAUCGCCCAUGAACAUUAAGGAGUUUGAGGUGCUCUUAGCCCUUUGCAAAGCUGCACCGCUGCUCCAGGAAGCCAGCAGUGCGAGUAAAUUGGCUGAGCAGCUUUCUCCAUACAUGCUGGAAGCUCAUGAACAGCCUUUCGUACCAUCUCCAUUCUUCCGCGAAAUCGAACCCCGCCCAAUCGAAGCUCUGGCUUAUAACCUCACUACGGCUCUGCUGUCGCUGGGUAUAAGCCAUGAGUUUCUUAGAGAAUCGGUCUCAGAAAAACUCUGGGCAUAUCUUGAUAAUUGUUUGGAUGCGGCAGAGGCAGCAUCCUCGUCCCAAGGAGUGAACUUUGAAGGCACCGCAAGCGAAUUGGAGGAAGCUCUUCGUCUUGCAACAAUCACUAUAUCAAUAUUAGGCUUCCUCGAUGCGGCUGCAACAUAUGCCAACUUUUGGAGUGCGCCGGAAAGACUAGGUUUGAUCGAACGAAUCCAGGCAAUCUUAUCCGAGGGAUACUUAGUGGCAGUUGAAACUGCUUUCUCAACCAUUCGGAACUCGCAUCUUCAAAACAACCACCUGAAAGAAUGGAAGCGAUAUGUACGCCUUUACUCAGCCAUUGGCCGUCCUCUUGGGGCUAUGUUACUCCAGAGAAGCUUCAUGUGGCUGUUGGUUGCAGGCUCGUCGCUCUUAGUUGCUGAUAUUGAGGUGCUGAGGGGUAGUGAUAUCUUGGACUUGCAUAUGUCUGGGGCCGGUUUGUCAAGGCCUGGAUCACCUCGAACUGGAGAAGUAGACUUUGCCACUCUUGAGACCAUGGCUGAUAUUGCGGCUGACGAAAUGAGUCUUCUUGAAGACGGGGCGGACUAUCUUCGCCUUGGAUCCGCUUGGCAACAACGGCUGGCCUUUUCCGUCAAAGCUGGCGCACUUACAAGUUAUCUGAAUUGUGCUAUGCUCAACGAGGAUGCAGCUGAUUCUGAUACUUUGAUGUCCUGGCUAGAGGACGCUCUCGCAGACUCCGUGCAAAUGGCUGAUGAGACACUUGCUAGUGUUGUGCUCAGGUCCAUGGCUGUGAUAUGCAAACUAUCACCAAGUUUUGCUCCGAACGUCAGCCGGCUAUUACCACGCUUCAUCGUGCAAGGUGGCUCUCGAGGGCAGACCAUUUCAGUGGCCUCAAAUUCCUUAGCAUUUGUGUUGCAAAUACUAUCGCAGGAUGCAAUUAUCACUACCUUGUAUACCCUUGGAAAUGUUCUUAGCUCUGGAUCGGAACGAGCUCUUGGAGUAAAUAAUGAAUUAGCUCUUGAUGGCAGCACUAACUCUAAGUUUUACGACGGCAAGCAGUCCACUGGUAGCUCAAUAUCACUGACCAUCAGUGGCGAAGAAGAGACAUCCGUGGUAUAUGGAAACGUGGUUCUGGCCAUCUGUGGCAUUGCAACUGCUUGUAAUGACCCAAAGAUCACAGCUUUAGCGCAGUCGAUGCUACUUCAAAAGAUCGACAAAGUUAGUCGAACGAUAGAUGCUCGCAUCGUCGCUGAAGCAACAAGGCUUGCUCUAAGUGGAGGUGCUGUCGAAUUCCGCUCUCUGUUGAAGCUUUAUUCCAGGAUCUGCCAUGAGGGCGUGGUGCAUAACAACGAGGCAUUGUUACUUGCAGUUCUGAGAGGCCGCGAUUUCCUUUCCUCAAGCCUCGGUAAAGAAUCACCACUGUAUGAGAUCUAUUUCGAACAUCUUCUCGAGUCAAUUAUCAGCCUAGGAGAUGUACAUCAAGCACAAAAUACACGAGAAGCUGAUGUCGAAGUUGCAGCCAAGGAAAUUGGACAACUACUGCAACCACUUGCAGUCCUGAUGUCGAGUAAUGAUCUUGCUUCCGAGCCAGAAAUUAGUGAAGACACACAAUCCCUCAUCCGUGAUGCCUGGUUUAACAUGGUUGUCCAUGGUUUUUGCACUAAUACCGACCGUGGAAAGCAAUUCCUGAACGAGAUGCGCCUUAUCGCUAUACAUUCGACCCCAUUGGUAGCGGAACAACGUGGAGAACAAGUAGAGAGCGACAUCGAACUGAACACCGUCCUUCGUCGUGGCAUGAGUUCUGACCACGAAGCUACCCAGAAGAAGCGACUUACUGCCCUAUUGCCCUCAAGAGCGUCAGAAAUCAGAGGCUUGAGCUAUCGAAAAGUCAUAUUCUUGCAUGCAGCAUACCUGGUCGAAACCUUACGAGCGGAUUCAGGGGACUGCACCAAAGCUCUGACGUAUUUCUUGGAACCUAGUAUGCGGAGAGGAGACAUGAGCAGCUGCAUGGAGUCUGUUAUGAACGCCGUUAUGGAUACCUAUCUACGAAAGACUUUGGUAGGAGCGAACCGCACAUUUACAGCCCCUUAUGUUGCGAAGCAACUCGCGGUGAUUUUUAGUGGAUGCUGCUACCGUAUCGAGAGGGUUCAGCAAGCAGCUGUUACUUGCGCUGAAAGGAUAAUUCGUGAUAUCCCGUCUGCACUAUGUCAAAAGUCGUCGCUCUUUGCAUUACUUGAACUCCUCACACUGAUGUGGAGUAGUUGUCUUGAAGCGGAGACUGAUGAGUAUGAAUGGAAAUCAUCCUUUGUGUCUAGCAGAGGUGGGGUCGCCAUCGAGUUAUCUGACGAUUUCGAGCUUCGCCGUCGUACGCUUAAUAGCUUGUAUAGACGAGCUAAAGCCUGGGUGACUUCUGUCAUCAACAUAGCUCCACUAGACGUCAAAGGUCUUCUCCAGACAUAUCUUUCGGAUUAUGAUGACGAUGGUGCUUAUGGACAUAUCUCUCUUGGUCGAUCGUUUGCGUCGGAAAUGGGAGCCUUCAUCCCAAGCACUGAUCAGAGACUUGGAGCUAUUGAUCGCCACGGAGACUGCAAUAUCAACACAGCAUCGGACUUCGUGGCUCAGUAUACAACUCGGCAAGAGUAUCGAUACGCUGAGGCCCUCCCUGACCACGAUGCAGAAUGGCUGCAAUUCAUGCACCUUGAUAAUGGACGCCAAUCUGUUGCCUCUAAGGGGGAAAAAGACUUCGAAGACGCGAUCACAGUCUUAACACACCUUCAAGCCCGUACUUCUCAGCAUAAGUAUAUACCUAUUGGUGAGCUCCGAGAUAUUCUAAGACGAGCAGCGGCUCUUCUCUGUCGAACCAAGAACGACGAGUGUGCAAUAGUCCAUUAUCUUGUUGCGAUUCCAUUCUCCAUCUUCACAAAGCAGUCUAUCAAGCUAGGUAUCUCUCUCUGGCUUGGCGUCAUCAACGAGAAUCCAAGAAUGGAGCCUCGUAUCCUAGUCGAGGUGGCACAGCAAUGGGAAUCCACAGUUCAUAGGAGACUCGGCAUCUUCAACAACAAAUUCUUGCACCCUGAUCCUUUCUAUAUCAAGGAGGAGUUCGCACCAAGUGACAGAGCUGUGUUGUCAAAACGACAACAGGUAGCACAUAAUUUACUUGCACCACACUCACGUCUCUUGCAAUUCCUGAGCAGCCAUUUCAACGCUACUCGACUUGGCAGCCCAAACACAGAGAAAGUGUUUCUAAGAUUACUAAACGUCACUCUUAAUGGGCUCAAACACGCUACUGGUCACCCUCUCGCUCGAGAGAUCAGAUUUCAGAUCAUCUUGUUUGCCUUGAAAGUGCUCAGGCACAGCAUCGGGCUAAGCUUCAGUGCAAGAUGCUUUCUGAAGGAUCGAAUUCUAUCAGCAGCCCUCAGCUGGUUCUCUUUUGCACCAUGCUGGUCCUUUGGAGGAAAUCGACUGCAACUGAAAGCUGAAACACGUUUACUAACAGACGUGGCCGGUGCCUUGAAGAACGUUCAAAUGAUAGGAGAAAAGCAGACUAGCCUCAUAAAAUCACUGCAGGCAAAAGAAGCACUCCUCCAGGCGCUGAUAGAGAGCGAGCAAGUGAGAUUGUCAGUAUGGCUUUAUCCGUUGAGUGAGCCCAGGGAUAUGUACAGUCCAGCUACAGGCUCAAAAGGUCCUGCUGAGGCUACCAUACUCGGUCUCGUAAGGACUGCCUGGACUGAAAGUCCCUCAUUAGCCAUACAAUUGAUCUCGAGAUUUUCGUCCCCGAGACUUCACAAGGAAAUCCGAUGGCUUUUGCUCAACUUUCCCGACAAAGCCCUUGCUGAAUCUGAAGCAUUACCGGUAUUACUUGGAGAAGCGCUGCCAAAUGAUGUGUCCUUUCAAUUGAAGUAUCUUCUUUAUUGGGCUCCGGUCAAUCCAAUCACUGCCGUCACUUACUUCUUACCCGCCUAUCGAAACCAUCCCUUCAUGUUACAAUAUGCUAUGCGGGCUUUGGAAAGCCAUGCAGUAGACGUUACGUUCUUUUACGUCCCGCAGAUCGUGCAGACCUUACGUUAUGACGCCCUAGGCUAUGUGGAAAGAUAUAUUGUGGAGACAGCUAAAUUCUCACAACUCUUUGCCCACCAGAUUAUAUGGAAUAUGAAAGCCAAUGCUUACAAGGAUGAUGCCUCUGCGAUUCCUGAUGCAAUCAAACCAACACUUGAUCAUGUCACAGACAGAAUGAUCGAGUCAUUCUCCGGAGUGGACAAAGCUUUUUACGAGCGAGAGUUCUCCUUUUUCGAGGAGGUCACAAGCAUUUCUGGAAAGUUGAAGCCUUACAUCAAACGACCCAAACCCGAAAAGAAGCAAAAGAUCGAAGAAGAAUUGCGAAAGAUCAAAGUUGAAGUUGGUGUUUACUUGCCAAGUAAUCCGGAUGGAGUCGUCAUUGGAAUUGAUCGUAAGUCCGGAAAGCCGCUUCAAAGUCAUGCCAAAGCACCUUACAUGGCCACCUUCCGAAUCAAGAAGAACAAGGGUGAGAUGGAGGGGACAGACGAAAUGCUUGAAGAAACGAACCAGAACGCGGCAGUACCCCAGGAGAACACUAUUGAAAUAUGGCAGUCGGCAAUUUUCAAAGUGGGCGAUGACUGCAGACAAGAUGUUCUUGCCCUCCAGAUGAUCGCUGCAUUCCGAGGCAUAUUCAACGACGUGGGCCUUGAUGUCUAUGUCUUUCCAUAUCGUGUCACAGCAACUGCUCCUGGCUGUGGUGUUAUUGAUGUCUUGCCUAACUCAAUCUCCCGCGACAUGCUUGGAAGAGAGGCGGUUAACGGGCUUUAUGAUUACUUCAUUUCCAAGUACGGCAACGAAGACUCAUUAAGAUUUCAAGAAGCUCGAAGUAACUUCGUUAAGAGCAUGGCAGCCUACUCUAUCAUCUCGUUCCUCUUGCAGUUCAAGGAUCGACACAAUGGCAAUAUCAUGAUCGAUGGUGCUGGGCAUAUUCUCCACAUCGACUUUGGAUUCUGCUUUGACAUUGCUCCUGGUGGAGUGAAAUUUGAAAGAGCUCCGUUCAAGCUUACACAAGAAAUGAUGGCCGUCAUGGGAGGUAGCACGGAUCACCAAGCUUUCAAAUGGUUUGAAGAGCUUUGCGUCAAGGCGUUCUUGGCAUCUCGACCAUAUACAGAGAAGCUCUCACAACUUGUCUUACUUAUGUUAGAUUCGGGCUUGCCAUGCUUCAAGCCCGAGACUCUUCAGCACUUCAAAGAGCGAUUCGUUCUCGAGAAGAGUGAAAGGGAGGCAGCCGAGUUUGUCAAAGGCCUGAUCAAGAGGAGCUAUUCUAGCUACUCUACCGGUGUUUAUGACGGCUUUCAAGCAUUGACAAAUGGUAUUCCAUACUAGAUAAGUAAAGUCGAGAAUAGGACGAACUCGGUAUAGACCUGAUCUAAGCUCUCAGACAAUGAACUAAUUCUAAUUAAUUGACUACC